UGCCGUUAGAAACUCCCGCGGCCUCUUUGCUUCUCCGCUUCAUCCCAAACCCAAAAUCCCCAACCCAAUUCCUCUCUCUCUCUUUCAUGAUUUCGAGGAUUUCUUCAUCUCCCCAAAGAUGUCUUUCGACGGUAGCUUCAUCCUCGAAUCCGCGCUCGAGCGGUUCCUCUCUCGCCAUCCCAAUCUCCGCUCCGUCCCCAAACUUGGCGCUCUCUCUCAAAAGGGAGGAGCUUUGACAGCGGAUGAAUUGGUCGCGACGAUCGCCGACCCUUUUACUUCACCCGAGCUACACGAUUCUGAUCGUAGGAUACUUUCGCCUACUCGUUCGGAAGAUUGCAUUGAGGGCUGUGAACAAGCAAGCUUCGUAAUGUUCUGAGCUUGGAGUCGGAAUCGAGAGAGGUUGGAGAGGAGAUUGGGAAGGAAAGCGAACCCACCAAUUUUUUUUUUUUUCAUCAUGUCUUCUCCUAGCAAGCGUCGUGAGAUGGAUUUGAUGAAACUGAUGAUGAGUGAUUACAAGGUGGAGAUGAUAAAUGAUGGGAUGCAGGAGUUUUAUGUAGAUUUCCACGGGCCUAAUGACAGUCUUUAUCAGGGAGGAGUGUGGAGGGUCAGGGUGGAAUUGCCUAAGGCUUAUCCUUAUAAAUCUCCAUCCCAUGGUUUUACUAACAAGAUUUAUCAUCCAAAUGUCGAUGAAAUGUCUGGUUCUGUUUGUUUGGAUGUUAUUAAUCAAAUAUGGAGCCCCAUGUUCGAUCUUGUUAAUAUAUUUAAAGUUUUCCUACCUCAACUUCUUCUGUACCCAAACCCAUCGGAUCCCUUGAAUGGGGAGGCUGCAACUUUGAUGAUGCGUGAUAAACCUGCCUAAGAACAAAAAGUGAAAGGUUUUGACUAAUUUGGCUUCAAUGGGUAACACACAAGUAACUGCGCAAUCUGAGCAGAUAGCACCAGAAUUCCUAGCAAUCACUUAAGAUCUGACUACAAAAGGAUCAGAAGCCGAUGCAAAGCCGAAUAAUUGUUGUGUCUGUCCUGAAACAAAGAAGCUUAGAGAUGAAUGCAUUGUGCAACAUGGAGAGAACAAAUGCGGUAAAUAUAUUGAAGCCCACAAAAAAUGCCUACGGGCUGAAGGGUUCAAUGUGUGAUGAUCUUUGGAUGAUAGUUCAGGCUGAUAACAGUUUAACUUUUCAGAGAUCUUGGAUGAUUUUUUUCUUCCCAAAAUGUAUAAUUGAUCAGUUCAUCUGUUUGAAGAUGUAAUGAAUAAAAAUGCCAGAAUGUUUUUUAUGGAUA